AUGAACCAAGAGCUAGGGGAUCCCAAUGAAGUGGAAGUGCUCUUUGCAACCCCAGAGAGGGAGUGGGCCCCCAGACGACCCGAGGGUGGAAGGCAGCAUCAUCCUGGCCAGAAUGGAGGUUACUUGAUGAGGUAUAAGGCUGAAUUCCCCCUAUUUGACUAUGAUCACCCGCAUUUAUGGAUUACUAGGUGUGAGCGUUUCUUUAUGCUAUCCCAUAUCCCUAGAGGUGAGAUAUUGAAUCUGUUGUUUGUAAACCUAUCCGGGAAGGUGGGUUUGUGGUAUGAGGGGUAUGUGAAUGGACUAAGAGAAGGAUUCCAAUGGCCACACUUUGAAGAAGUAGUGUGCAGAAGGUUUAGGGAUAGCAUUGUGUUUGUGAUGGAAGAUUUUGUUGUCCUUAAACAAACAGGGGGGUUAGAUGAUUUCAAUGAUAAGUAUGAAGAGUUCAAAAGCCUGUUGCUCCAAAGCCACCCCUACCUGACUGACUCUUACUUCCUAGAAAACUACAUAGCCAGACUAAAACAGAAUUUAAGGUGUUUUGUAAGGACUGCCAUGCCUGUGAACCUAGGGGAUGCCAUGUGGUUUGCAAAACACUUUGAUAAGGGUUUAAGAUCCUGUGAACUCCCUAAGACUACUACUACCUGGAACCCAAGGCCAAACCAAAACCUAAAAACCUACAACUCAGGCCCCAGUGACAAUAUCAAGCCCAACUAUACUGCCAACCCCACUUCCUCCACCAACCAAAAUACCACCACUUCAACACAAAGUACAGCAACCAAAAUCCCAGAUAUAGCAAAAUUUAAAGCCCAGCUCAGGGAGCAAAAGAAAUGUUUCAGGUGUUUUGAGCCAUGGCAGGUGGGGCACAGGUGUAGAGGCCCAACUUUCAAUAUUAUUGAAGAGGUGGAAUUGGGUGAAAUAGUGGAAGAACCUGUAGUUGGAGAAGACACAGGAGAAGGGGAGGUUUCCCUGUGUGCUGUGGUAGGGAGAGAAGGAAUGAACACCAUUAAGCUACUAGGGAAAAUUCAGAAGCAACAAAUAGUAAUCCUAGUGGAAAGUGGAAGCACCCAUAGCUUCCUUGACCCUAAGAUACUGAACCAAUUAAGGAAGGAAGCUGUGAAGGCCAGCCCUCUCACUGUGACAGUAGCUAAUGGCGAGAAGAUGGUCUGUGACACUGUGUGUAAUAACCUGGAAUGGCAGAUUCAGAAUGAACAAUUCAGAAAGGACUUCAGGCUACUUAGGUUGGGAGGCUGUGACAUGGUUCUAGGGAUGGAUUGGGUAGACAUAUUUGCCCCAAUUCAACUCCACACUAGACCUGCUGGGAUAUCCUUCCAUAAGGAUGGGAAGAAGGUUUUCUUGAAAGGAUUGCCAAAAAGGGUCAUGUUGAAGGAGGCAGAUGAGAAACAGUUAAGGAAAUGGAAAAAGACUAGAGUGCAAGGGUUUCUAGUCCAAUGCCAAGACACUAGUGAGGAGAGUGGGUUGGACUACCAACUGCACCAACUAUCAACACAGGAACAAUGGCCUGAACUAACACAGUUGAUUGAGGAGUUUACUGAUUUUUUUGAGGAACCAAAAACUCUACCCCCACAGAGAUCACUGGAUCACUCAAUCCCAUUAGUUCCUGGGGCAAAAGCCAUCAACCUAGGACCCUAUAGGUACUCAUAUGAUCAAAAGAACAUAAUAGAGAAAAUGGUAGGGGAAAUGCUUGACUCUGGAAUAAUUGUUCCCAGCUCUUCCCCCUUUGCAUCCCCAGUCCUUCUUGUAUAG